GCUGUACUUUGCCGAUUUUAGCCUACGCGACCGAUGCAGACCAUGUCCAUGAUGAAGACCAUUACCAUCCGAGUCUUUCACACAGCCGCAGACAAGACCGGGAGAACACGCCUAGCCUGGGGCCGAGUACAGGGCGGCGGCGAAGAUGAGUCAUUCGGGGACGUCUUCGUCCACAGCUUCGACGUCCUCGGAAAAGGGUGUGACUGGAGCGGAUGCGGUGCUGCGCCCAUGAUAGAAGGCACGGUGAAGGAGACGGAGCGCGCUGGGAGGUACCGGCUCACUGCGGGCAAGGUGAUUCGCGACCCGUCUAGUGCAAGCAAAGCUGAAGCGGAGCCCAUCGCCGAAAAAGUGAAGACCCUUGAGAGGACCAUCGACGAAGUGCGGCAGUUCAAUGCCACCUGCCAUGCGGAGUGGGCGAAGAGCGCCAAGAUUCUGCUGACGACGACAUCGAAGUAUGAAGAGUUGACCGCGCAGUUGGUGGAGAGAUGCCUGGAAUUGGAGGAGAACUGCCUCACCAGUUUCGAGAAGAUGAAAAAAGGCUUCGCCGCUUUGCGUCGGGACCUGGAUGUGGUGAUGGGGACGAAGGCGGAAGAUAAGAAGGUCGACAAAGAUUCACAAGAGAAGACGACAAAGCCAUUGCAUGCCACAAAGAAGGGCUUCGACGGGGUUGCGGAGAAGAUUGCGAAGGACUUCUGCGGUGGAGACAAGAAGUGCC